CUUUUACUUUGUUCUCAUCUUGAUAGUCAGUUGGAAAGGGUGUCUGUGGAACGAGUCAGUGGACUGCAGCACGGGAGUCCGUCCCCAAGAAAACCAACAAGUUGGAUGAGGAGGGCAUGGAGGUGGCUGUCUGUCGACAUGGUGUGCUUUUGAGAAGUCUCAACAUGAUGAGGGGAGAAAUAUUUGCAUAUCCCAUGUUUCUGCAAAAGGAGUUGACUCCAAAGAAUGUGCAGUUCAUGUGCACUGAUGUAAUAUGCAAGUACUGGCCAUACCUGCGGAGAGUUGUUAGUGAUUGUCCAGAGCUCUCUCCUCUCCUGGACAUGAAGCCAUUUCUGUCAGUAAUGCAUGCUAAGGCCCACUCUUGGAAAUGUGAGAUUAAGUGGGGUGGUCGAAACCAAGAUGGAGCAGGCACCACCCUGGGUGAAGAGGUCGAACAAGUGAACAGCUUCUUGUCAAGAACUGCUAUAUGCAGCAAAUACAUGACCAAAGGAGCUAGAACAGACAUUAUUACUAUCCAGGCCAUGGCAUGGAACCAACGCAAAAUUGAGAACCUAUCAAAAGUGCUGUCCCGAAGACUAAUGAAGACAAAAGCAAAAAUUCAGGAGGAGUCCUUAAACCUUGAUGCAAUGAAGGCAGAUUUGGCUGUAACGGAUGAUGAGCUUCAAAGCUGGAUUAAUGAAAUCAAGCAGUGGGCUGAUACAGCAACAAGUGAGGAGAACACAGGCAGUCAACAGGGGCUGCAGAAGGUGAUUGAGACGCUUUAUGUGAGCAUCAGGCAGAGGAAGCAAAACCUUUACCGUCAAACAGAUGGAAACAAGAGAAGACACAAACUCCGCAGAAAGAUUUUGGAGGAAAAAGCCAAACUUAGUGCAGCUGUAGAUGAAUACAACAAGGCUGCACCUGAAAAACUGCAGUCAGCUGAUGCAAUUCUGGCAUCUGAGAGUUAUGCAUGGCCAUGGCUACUGGAUGAGCGUGAUAAUCUUAUCACCAAAAAAAAGGCCUUUGACCAACUGAUGCUCCUGAACCGCCUUACCGAAGAGGAGUGCAUUGUCCUAAAAGAGAUCAAAAAUCACUGGAAAAGCCUCAAAAGAGAACAUUCUGUUCUAAAUGAUCAUUCAAGCCAUAUUGCUAUUGAAAUAAAAAAAAACAAACAGGACUGUGAAUUUUCUGAAAGUGGAAUACUAGGACUUCACUCUCUACUUAUGAAAAGACUAUCCUACCUCAAAAGUCACAUCUCCUCUGUUCGUCAGCUGUACAGUAGUGUACUAGACAAUUGUGAGCUGAAAGAAGAUGAUUACAUGAAUGAGGAGGAUAUCCAGUAUGGUUUGGAGGAGGAGGAGGAGGAGGAUGGAGAUGAAGAGGAUUUGUUUUCCCAGUCAGUAUAA